AUGGCAUGGUACCGCAUUGUUUCCCGACUUUUUAUCGGGAACCCAGUUCAUCAAGCAGAAGGUCGGUACAUCUCAUACGCCGUGAGACACGAGGCUCUGGACUACAGUCGUCGAUUCAUGGAUUUGGCUGCCCAGACAUUGCAGCGGGCCCGAUCGGAUCAGCGUUUAGCACACGAGGCUGAUUAUAUUGACCCAGCCACGUACCAGCGAGGUCGUGGUAUCCCACGAGGUGGUAGUGCCCGACGAGGUGGUGGUGCCCGACGAGCUGCUGGUGCCCGACGACCUCGUGCUGCCCGAGGAGGUGGUGUUCAGCAGGGGGGCCAUGAUGCUCCUGACGAUGAUGUUGCUGCUGAUAUGACAGGUGGCAUGCAUGAGACUGACAUGCCAUCUUACAGCCUGGGAAUUUUUGACACUCCAGUGCCAUCACAGAUGACCCCAUCGGGUCAACUAUUGAUCACGGGCUCGGAUUUUCAAGGAGCUGAGUGGGGUAGAUAUUUCCCUGGCCCGUCUACCACUGAUGAGGGUCGACCGACCCGAGAUUUAUUUAGUGGGCGCCGACUGAGUUAUGGCAGCUCUUCACAUGCGCAGGCUUCAUGUGAUGCUGCGACAGAUGACUACAUUCAGGAUCCAGACACGAUUAUGCAUUCUACUGGACCUGACAGCACCAUCGAUACAUGUCAUCCUGCGCCGCAUCCGGCUAUAAGGAGAAAACAUGAUGAUGAUGAUCCUGAUAGCCCGCACAAUUCUGGUCUGCGGCUGCGCAGCUUCUUCUACGGCCGCCAGUUCUUGUGCGGUCCACACUUCAGGCAGGGCUCAUAUCCUGGUCAUUUGCACACUCUCUGA